CAAGGUUGUCCGUUGAAAAUUCUAAUGUGAAUCCGAUAUCUCCAAUAUUCCAACACAUUAUUUACACAACAACAAUCAACGAUAUCACAAACGCAAAGAACUUCAACAAACGACCAAAAACUUUAUUCUUCCCUUCUUUUCUUCGACAUUUCCUUAUCAUUUCCUCCGUAUCCAGAAAGCCCGCGUCUUUCUUUGGAUUCGAUUCCGCGUUUUGGAUUAAUAAAAAAUUAAAAAAAUUCCCAAAAAUUUCAUAUUUUGGUCUCAGAUUUUACCUUUCCUCGAACCUCAGCAAUUCGAUUACGUCGAAUUACAGCUCCGAUUGCUCGAGGGGUCGUGAAAUUUGAACUUUUUUGAACGAAAUCAGAUGGGAACCCGAUUUUCCAGAUGGAUAAUGAAACAGCCCCGCCAAUAUUUCUUGGCUGUCCGGUAUAAAACAACCUCAUCUGAGUAUGUAGCAUCGAGAGCCAGAGAUCCCACGUUUGAGAAACUGAUGGACAAGUACAAGAACCUUCUCAAAGUCAUUGCUGUCCAAGAUCUCAUCCUUGCAAACCCCCACGACCCUGCAGUGUCCCUAGAUUUUCUCUCCAAGCUCUCGCAAAAGCUCCAUCUCAACCGUGGUGCAGUGGCCUUCCUCCGCAAAUACCCUCACAUUUUCCACAUUUACCAUGAUCCCAUGAAGUCCCAGACCUUUUGCAGAUUAACUGACAGAGCCGUUCAAAUUUCUAAAGACGAAGCUGAGGCUAUCAACGCCUCGUUGCAACUUGUUGUUGAUCGACUGCUUCGGCUUCUAUCAAUGUCUACUUCCAAGAUGUUGCCACUCCGCGCCAUUUUUAAAGUUGGCAGGGAACUUGGGCUUCCCGAUGAUUUUGAGGACACUGUAAUAUAUAAAAACUCCCAUCUUUUUCAUCUUUGUGAUGCUCAUGAACCCAAUACUCAUAACUUGAAACUGGUUAAUGCAACUUCUGACAAGUUCAUUGCAGCGGUUGAGAAUUGGAGGGUAGAGGAAUAUUACAAGGAGGGUAGCAAUGUUGAUAGGGCUGAAAUUCAGUUUAGUUUUAAACAUGGAUAUCCUCCAGGGAUGAAAUUAAGAAAAAAAUUUAGAGCCAAGGUCAAGGAGUGGCAGAGGUUACCUUAUGUGGGCCCAUAUGAUGUGAUGACAGAGAAGAAGAGGUUGUCUAAGGCCGGAAUGAUGGCUGUGGAGAAACGGGCAGUUGCAAUUGUUCAUGAAUUCUUGAAUUUGACAGUAGAGAAGAUGGUUGAAGUGGAGAAAAUCAGCCAUUUCAGGAAAUGUUUUGGAUUUGAUGUGAAUAUAAGGGAUUUGUUCUUGGAUCACCCGGGGAUGUUCUAUUUGUCAACCAAAGGAAAGAGACACACUGUUUUUCUGAGAGAAGCUUAUGAGAGGGGGUGUUUGAUUCACCCAAAUCCAGUUUAUAAUGCUAGGAGAAAGCUUCUGGAUCUUGUCGUUUUGGGGCAUCAUGGCUUGUUUAAUGAUGGCUCUAAGCCGAGGAACCUUGCUAGUGACAAGGAGGCCAAGUCACUGGAACAGCACAAUGAAGAAACCUGUAGCUCUGAUUAAUUAAUGCAGUUUUUCCUUCCUGUGAACCUGAUAAGUUUAAGACUUUAAUAGUCAGAAACUUAUUCAAUUUUGAUCAUAUCGCGUGACUGUGAAUGUCAACGAUUCUUUUUAUUUGGCUUAAGAAAUGAUGCGAGUAUUACUAUGUGGUCUUGAAGGAGCAGCUAGAGCUCUCGCUUAUACUUGGAUUUAAGUUUUGGUGUUUCUCUUUAUAUUUCCUGUGUUACUCAUAUAAACCUUUAGUUAAAUUUACCUUAACUUACAGAAACUUAAAAAACAAAAAAUUAUGACACAUUUUGCCUGUAUACCUAUAAAGUAGGAGGAAGUGUGGUAGCUUAUUUCUAAAGAUGGGAUCGUCUGCCGCUAUUGGUGUUCCCUUUGUAGUGUUACUGUAGUUAAUUAGUUAUACGAAGUCAUCUUUGAUUUCAUGAUCAAUCACAAUAGCUGACUUGCUGCAAGAAAUUCAAAUCUUGCGUUGUAGAUCAGGAAAUGCUGGAAGAAAUAUUAAAAAAAUAAGGUUGCAAUCUCUACCAACCAGGAAAUAAACUAUCUUUAACACAUUAAGGUGUGCAUGUGCAGUAAUGCUGGGACAUCUUGUAGUCAUGAAACACAAAGUAGUUUCUCCUUGAUAGAUCUUCAAAUCACUGGUUAGGAAUGUUUGCCUCAAUAGUUUUUUUCUCUUUAUACAUAUAUCUCUUGUUUCUGUGAAUGAUGCAAUUGCUUACUUAAUUACUAAGGCCUGACUUGUUUUAACUUUAAGUAUUUAUGCUGCGUCAAGAAUGGGGACCUUAUUCUGUAUAGAAGGGGUUUCUGUCCUUUCCACCCUUAGAAUUGUAGAUUAUCUAUGAUUGUUGAAAUUUGAGAUUAUCUACGAGUGUUGAAAUUUGAGUGUUAGGAUUGGCAAGUUCUUUGAAGACAUGAAGACCUCAAGGUUGGUUCGAUAGUGGGAAGACCUCUAGGGCCUAGAUUUUCAUGAAGAAAGUUAGUUCAGUCUUGUUGCUAUGAUUUGCUUUUCUAAAUUGUAUAUUUUUUUUUAAUUUCUGAAAGUAAAGAAAAACAUAUUUUGGGUAAGCUUUAGGAUUUCUCUUCAUAAGCUUUCUUACUUCUUUUACGCAUUGUAAAAUUUGAUAAUAGAUAUUUUCAAGUUUUCAGGUUUCCUUUUCGAAAGUUUGGUCAGUUUCUUCAGAAUUUGUAAUUGAGUACAACACUGUGUAGCAUAUUGGCCAUAUAGUAAAAGAUCAGAGUUGUGGAGUUCUAUAGUUUUCUCUAGUCGUAUUUCUGUUGGUAACGCCUCAUUGUGUUUGUAUGUUUCUAAAAA